CCGCCGUCCACUUUUCAACAAUCUCUUCAUUAUCCAUCGCUAUAAUAUCUAUUUUGUUCACCUCCACCACCAUCUACAUAUUUUUUAUAAUAUUAUAUACAUUGAUGAGUUGCACGAUUACUUCCUCAAGUAACGAUAGUCCACGUACUGGAAGUACAAAAAUUAGGAGCACAAAAACUCAGAACUCAAGCGACAAUCUAUCGAAAUAUGAAGUCAAAGCUAAAAUAAAAAAAACAGUGUAUUAUAAAGGAAGCCCAGUAAUACCAGAAAAUGAUAUGCCCACAUAUAUAUCCAAAGAAAAUACGACCAUCAAUGAAUCUCAAGAAGAUAUAAUCACUGUUAAAUUUAAAAAAGAUACAACUAUCGGUGGAUUGGAAAAAGAAUUGAUUAAGGUGUAUAAGAGGGAUUACAUGACCAAUGCUAUUGGUAUCAGUAUUAGCGAUUCAAAAAUGCUUACAAUCAUCAAAAAAGAUAGAAAACUUUCAGAGUUUAAAGAUAAUAAAUUAUGUGUUUUUAUAAUCAUCUGUAUUAAUAUGGCAAGCAAAGCAAAGGUAGGCAUGACUAGAAUUGGCAAUAAUAUUUCCAAAAAGGCAAUAAAAGGUAGUCAGUUCAUAUCAACAGGACUACACGAAUUGUCAAAACAGGGCGCUUUUCAAACUAUAUUUCCCAGUGCCAAAUAGCAUAGUAUAGUAUAUAAUAGUAUUUUUAGCAGUUGAAUAAAAUUGAAUCAUAUUUCUUACAACCAAAUUAUAUUCCACCUGGCUCUAAUAUAAUCAUAUAUAUUAAACUCGGCUGAGCAUAAGCUUGGUAAAGAAAUAGAAAAUGGCUUAGGGAUGAAGAUUGUAAAUGGUGGCUAACUGUAUGUCUGGGCAUCCAAAUAUUUUGACCAAUGAAUUGAAGUGCAAGACCAAGCCAUCUUAUUAUUUUAUUAAUUUUUUGAACUUGGUUCUGAAUUAUUUUGGCUUUUUUAUAUGUAAAAAAAUUAUCCACUGCAAAACUGCAAAAAUCUGUAGCUUUUUCGUGUCCAUGACGGUGGUUUAUUUUUAUUAUCCUUUCUCUACUAUCUUAAACUUUUAAUUAUACACUUUUCAUAUACUCAAACUUGGG